GUUCUGUGAGCUCCUGAGUGGAUGUCGUGGCCGGAAGUGCCCGUGGUGACUGGGAAUAAAUACACAAGCAUUGCAAAGCAGAAAACACCUAUAGAUUUUUUUUAUUUUAUUUUUUAAAUAAAACUGCAACAGAGAAACCAACACCUAAGCUCAGCACCUAAAGUCUAAAUGAAAAUAACACAGCAAAUAAACCCAACAAUAUGGGACAAAAACACAAUUUCUGUUUUUAUGUCACACCAAAACAGGUAUAUAGUUUUAUGACACAGUUAAUAUAUAGGUAGAUAUAUUGGUUGGUUGUGUAGGUAGGUGUUGUCCGCCCCUCUCUGCAGGCGGUGCAGCAGCAGCAGCAGCAGCAGCAGGGGAGGGUCAUAGGGAGUGUCCCGGGCCACCAGCAUAAACUGCGGCUCUGCGCUCCGCCGCUCCGCCGACUCGACGCCUCUCUGCUCCCGCUGCAGCUUGGAACCUCUCACCGCGGCUCACUCAGCUCCACGCCCGUCCGUCAGUCCGUCCGUCCCCGAUCACAACCUCCGCUUUCAGCAGGCAGGAUGGCAGCGCAGCACCCACAGUUCGAGCUGGCCGGACAGCAGCCGGGCCUGCAGGUGUGGAGGGUGGAGAACUUCGACCUGGUGCCGGUUCCGGAGAACCUCCACGGGGGGUUUUACACCGGAGACGCCUACCUCAUCCUCAACACCAUCAAACAGCGCUCCGGGAACCUGCAGUUCGACCUCCACUUCUGGCUGGGUGACUUCUGCACCCAGGAUGAGAGCGGCUCAGCAGCCAUCUUUACGGUCCAGAUGGACGACUUCCUGGGCGGGAAACCCAUCCAGUACCGGGAGGUGCAGGGACACGAGUCCAAAACCUUCCUGGGCUACUUCAAGUCGGGGAUCAAAUACAUGAAAGGAGGCGUUGCGUCUGGGUUCAAGCACGUCGUCACCAACGAGGUGCAGGUCCAGCGGGUGUUUCAGGUCAAAGGCCGGCGUGUCGUCAGGGCAACGGAGGUGCCGGUCAGCUGGGACAGCUUCAACCAGGGAGACUGCUUCAUCCUGGACCUGGGAGAUGAGAUCUACCAGUGGUGCGGCUCCCAGAGCAACCGCUUCGAGAAGCUGAAGGCGACUCAGGUGGCCAAGGGUAUCCGUGACAACGAGCGCAGCGGCAGGGCUCGGGUCUACGUCAGCGAUGAGGGGAUGGAGAGGGAGAAGAUGCUGGAGGUUUUAGGUCCCAAACCGGACCUGCCUGCUGGAGCCUCCGACGACAUCAAAGCCGAUGCUGCCAACAGGAAGAGGGCCAAACUGUACAAGGUGUCCAACGCCAGCGGAGGAAUGACCAUCGCUCUGGUGGCAGCAGAGAACCCGUUCGCUCAGAGCGCACUGGAGUCCGGCGACUGCUUCAUCCUGGACCACGGGUCGGACGGCAAGAUCUUCGUCUGGAAAGGCAAAGACGCCAACAUGGACGAGCGAAAGGCGGCGAUGAAGGCGGCGGACGAGUUCAUCAAGAAGAUGGGCUACCCCAAGCACACGUCGGUGCAGAUCCUGCCGGAGAUGGGCGAGACGCCGCUCUUCAAGCAGUUCUUCAAGAACUGGCGGGACAAGGACCAGACGGUGGGGCUGGGCGUCGCCUACAUCGCCAACAGCAUCGCCAAGAUCGAGAAGGUGCCCUUCGACGCCGCCACCCUCCACGAGUCGUCGGCCAUGGCGGCCCAGCACGGCAUGGUGGACGACGGCAGCGGCGAGAAGCAGAUCUGGCGUAUUGAAGGAUCCGACAAGGCCCCGGUGGAUCCGUCCACGUAUGGACAGUUCUACGGAGGAGACAGUUACAUCAUCCUGUACAACUACCAGCACGGCGGACGUCGUGGACACAUCAUCUACAUGUGGCAGGGGAUGGACUCCAGCCAGGAUGAAAUCGGGGCGUCUGCGAUCCUCGGAGCUCAGCUGGACGAGGAGCUCGGCGGCGGUCCAGUGCAGGUUGUUGGUGCUCCUAUAACCACUCAGGUGAGGGUGGUGCAGGGGAAGGAGCCGGCCCACCUCAUGAGUCUGUUCGGAGGGCAGCCCAUGGUGGUCUACAAGGGAGGCACGUCCAGAGAGGGAGGCCAGUCGGCUCCUGCGGAUGUGCGACUCUUCCAGGUCCGGUCCAACUCUGCCGGACACACCAGAGCUGUGGAGCUCGAUGCCGCGGCGUCCAACCUCAACUCCAACGAUGCUUUUAUUCUGGUGACCCCCGGCGGCUCCUUCCUGUGGGUGGGGGUCGGCGCCAGCGACCCGGAGAAGCAGGGAUCCCAGCAGCUGUGCGACAUCCUGGGAGUGUCGGCCUCCGAGCUGUCCGAAGGAGGAGAGACCGCUAAGUGCUUAUGUUCAUCCAUAUUGACACAAAGCCGGCCGGGUUGCGUCAGCCCUCAGAUGUUAGCAGGGAUCUCAUAACGCUCCAGAAGAAGAAAUUGGCUGCAAACAGUUUCUCACAUAAGAACACCUCGGGCUAACGGUCCAUUUUUUAUGAACAGCCUGCUUUUGAGGACUGACCCGCUAAAGACAAACACAAAAUUCACCUUUUAGAGUUCUGUGAGCCCAAGCUGAUGGUUUUUUCUGUUCAAAACCAAUGCAGCUGUAGACUAAAUGAUCAUCUUAGGGUGGUUCUAAAUCCAUUUACAUAAAAACCAUUUAGUUUUUACCUAUAAAUCUGCACGUUAAAGCUGCACUAAUCAACAUUUUUGAUGUUCAUAAUGGAGUAAAUGAGUGCAGAGUAUAGACACAAACCUACGGCCUUUGAGCCUCUUUUAGCUUGUUUUGUUUUUCAUAGUGAGUCUGGUUUAGUUUCAGCGCUUCAAUCAGCAACAUCAGUCCAGUAACUCACUGCAUCACCUGCAUUAAACUGCACAAACACACAGUUAGCUGCUGCAUUUACCGGCCAACGAGAUGCUUAUGUUUGUGAGGAGUUCGUCUAACCAGUAGGACUUACUUUGAGAACAUUCUUCAGGAUGAACACCUAUUUAUAACAUAAGGAACCUUCUUUAUUCCGACAUACUCACAGAGCUGGAGUUACAUCCAGAACCUACUGUUAGUCGUUGUUUCGUGCACACACGGUUGACGAUGUGGUUGCAGCUGUUGGAUUCUACACUUAAAUGGAACCAGAGAGACUGAAAUGACUGAUUAGAGGCUCGUUCCUGUAAAUGUUUGUGCCAUCCUGCAUCUGAGCCGAGUUCCUGCAAGUAAAGGUCACUACGAGCUAGAGAACAUAGAACUGAGCGUUUAGCAGCUAAAGCACGCUGCAUACUUUUCUAAGACACUCGAACAAACCAGUUGAAGUUCCUUUUGUCAACCCUAAACUCUAUUAACGCUGAAGAGUUAAUCCUGGCAUUUCACAAAAUCUAAGUUAGGAAGAAAAGACAAGACGAAUAAAUAAUCAGAAUAUAAAAGACAGAUAAAGGCGUAUAAAAAUUAAAAGAGUGCUCGAAAGGUUAAAAUAUUAUUUAGAUAAGUUUAAGACAGCUCCAAGGAAAUCAUAAACCGACCUGCUUUUCUUGGUGAGAUCAUUCUAGAGCCACGACUGUAAACGUUCCGUCCUCUUCAGUUUUCAGCCUCUGGAACAGACAAAAGGAUUCAAAAGUGCAAAGUGCUGCAUGUGCCUGAAAAGUAAUGAGUAAAAUCUUAAAAUCAAACUUGUAUUUUACUGGGAGCCGAUGUACAGAGGAGUGACGUGAUCGCGUUUACUGGUUUUGGACAGCUGCAGUCUGGGUUCAGUCAAUAGCUUGGACAAAGUGUGUCCCAGUAAAGAUAGAUCUUUAUCAUGUAAUAGUUUGUCAGUGUGGUGGUUUGAGCUUUUCUUCUGCCUCCAUUUACCAAA